AGUGGCAGUUACGCCCCCGCACGGGGGCGGGGCCCGGCCAAGAGGCCAAUGGUCACCGAGGCGCGGCGGUUGUGCACUCUCGCCCUAGUGUUCUCGCUCACCUGGAGCCUGGAAAGGGAAAGGACGGCGGGAAGGAGGAGGACUCACGGUCUAGGUCCCGCGAUCGCCUGGAGCGGGGGAAAUUAGCAAAACCCCAUUUGGACACGAGGAAACUGAGGGGGCUGCCGUCCGAGCUGAAAUGGGAAAUGCAUCAUCUUGAAUGUGUGUGCCUGCGGCUGACUCUCUGCAUCCAUCUCUCACCGUCACCAGCCUUGCCACCUCCUUUCGUCCAGCCCUGCCACCCGUACUCCAUCCUUGCCCAGCCCUGUCCUUCCCCCAGGUUCUAUCUCCUUGGCCACACUGCCUUCCUCCUCAGCAACCAGCCUCACCUCUCGCGCGCCCCCCUCCCCAUCCCAUACCUCUGCUUCCACCCCCCUACCUCACUCCCCCAGCCCCAUCCCUCCUUGCCUGCCCCCUCCCUUCCUUCCGACCCGCCUCCUGUGUCUCCCAGCCCUGCUCUGACGUGGGAGGUGAGGGGGGUGGGGGGAUGGAUGACUCACAGUGUUAUGAUGCAGUUCCACAACACACAGCUACAUUCACCCACAGACCGAGGUACAGACGAGAGACAACCUCUGGCCCCCUAGCAGCUGGCCACCUUUGCAGCCCCAGUCUUGAGCCCCCAACUGCCCUCCCCCGCCCCCAUCCCCUUCCCAAUUGAAGGAGCGGAAAGAGAAGAGAGAAGAGUGAGCAGAGAGAUUGAGAGAGAGAGAGAGAGAGAUAGACGGAGAUCUCUGGAGCAGACCUCAAGGUGACUUCUAUUUCUAUCUGGUUCACGUCUGGGGGGGCCCUGGCCGGGCAGCCCCCCCACAUUUCUCCUGCGCUGAAACACGGCUCUAGCCAACCUGCUCCGCUGCUUCACCUGCGACCGUCUGUGUGGGGGCUGCACGGCGCCAGCCCCUCCUGCCCGCCAGGGCAUCGUCCUCCAGCCAGUCAUGCCUAGCUGUGACCCUGGCCCAGGGCCUGCCUGCCUCCCCACCAAGACGUUCCGCAGCUACCUGCCCCGCUGCCACCGCACCUACAGCUGCGUCCACUGCCGCGCACACCUGGCCAAACAUGAUGAGCUUAUUUCCAAGUCCUUCCAAGGGAGCCAUGGCCGAGCCUACCUGUUUAACUCCGUGGUCAACGUGGGCUGUGGGCCAGCUGAACAGCGCCUCCUGCUCACUGGGCUCCACUCAGUAGCUGAUAUUUUCUGCGAAAGCUGCAAAACCACACUGGGUUGGAAAUAUGAACAAGCUUUUGAGACGAGCCAGAAAUACAAGGAAGGGAAGUAUAUCAUCGAAAUGUCACACAUGGUGAAGGACAACGGCUGGGACUGAGGGGCUCAGGCAGGCUGUGCCCUUCCUCCGCAUGCCCCACCCUCCCCACACCUGUCCCCUGGCCCUGCCAAGCAGUCCAUACCAGCAUGAGUACUGCCCCACCCCUGGGGGGAACCCAGCUCCCACCAACCCCUCCCCCGCCUCCACCCAUCACUCCCAGGCCCCUUUGGAACAGGGGUCUGGGGUACCCCAGGGGUGUUCAAGGCUCAGGAGUGGGCAGCAGUCAGGGAGACAGAACUGGGGCAAAGGGAUGGUUCUGGGUCCUUCUGGCCCCAAGGUCCUGAAAAUCGAGGCGAUGGCAGGGCGUAGACUCAGGCAGAGAGGACCUUAGGAGGAACGUUUUUGCUCCACCUCUUUGAGUGAACAGAGGACAAACCUUGAGUCAUGGGGCUGGUAGAUGCUUGGCCACAGAAUAGCAGAGAAGAAGCUUGCGUUGGAGUGAAAUUUUGGCCUCAGAUGCAGGGAGAUUCCAGAAUCUCUCGGGGGGAAAGUUUCCCACCCCCAUUUGUAGAAGAAAGGAUUUGGGGGUGGAAGCAAAAAUCCCAAAUCCCAGGCCCUGGGAAAAAAAUAAAAGAAUUACAGGGGUUUCCAUUUCACUCCACUUGUUUAUCUUGGCACUGAUGAGGCACUUUGGAUAUCUAACCUUCACCAUUGGGUGGGGGUGGGGAGAGCUGCCCCUGUAACAGCCCCACCCCCAGAUGGCCGGGUCCAGAGCGAGCAGUCUUUACCGGCAUUCUCCGAGGUCCAGCCACUGCUCCCUGGAAUCCAGUCCUUUGGAGGGGAGGUGGGAAAAUAAUGCUGCGGGGUCAGGCUUCCUCGUGGCUGCCACCAGCGAAUGAAACUUUUGUAUGAUACAUAAAGUGUUUGGGUCUAUUUUUAAUAAAAAGGGCAACUGUGA